AUGACGCUGUUGGCCGCCUUCUGGGCGUCCUCCCGCGUCUGCUGCGCCCUGUCGGCGGCGGACUUCAGGGCCUCGUCUAUGGAGGUAGUCUCGCAGGAGUGGGAGGCGGCCGAGGCGGGCCUCCUGCAGGUCUGCAGGGAGCAGAGAGGCCUUGAGGAGGAGCUGGCCGCCGCGCAGGGCCUCGCCGAGGAGGCCGAGCGGCGCGGUUGCGAGGCCGAAGCGCUGUGCGCGGGCUUCGCGGCGCGGGCGCGCGAGCUGGAGGGCGCCGAGGGCCGCGGGGCCGAGCUGCGCCGCGCCGAGCAGCGGCGGCUGCGCGCGGAGCUGGACGAGCUGCGCGAGGAGUGCGGCGCGCAGCUGCAGCGGCGCGCGGAAGCGGAGGAGCGGCGCGAGGACGCCUGCGACGAGCUGCUGACCGCGCAGGCGCGCCGGGAGGAGCUCGAGGGCCUGCUUUCGACCGAGCGGCGGGCGCGUGUGGACGCGGAGCAGAGGCACGAGGGCCUGCUGGCGCGGGAGGCGGAGGCGCGGCAGCUCCUGAGCCGGCUGGAGGAGGAGUGCCGAGGCGAGGCAGAGCGCGCUGGCCUCCGAGCUGCUGCGGGCGCAGCAGCGGCUGGAGGAGCUCGAGGCGCGGCGCCUGGAGCUGCUGGGGCGCGAGGCGGGGCUGAGCGCCCAGCUGCUGGCGCUGCAGCGGCAGGGCGAGGAGGACCCCGACCGCCGCAGCCACGGGGUGAUGGAGGCGAUGUGCACGGCGGAGGACGGGCGGAGCUCCACAGGGCGCAGGUGGAGCUGGAGCACCUCCACGGCGAGGUGGCCGCUGAGCAGCAGGGGCGCCGGGGUGCAGAGCUGAAGCAGCAGGAGCUCGAGGCCUUUGAGGAGGGCCUCCGCCGCCAGGUUCGGGAGAUGCGGGAGGCGCUGGGGCAGUCUCGCUCCUCGCAGGCCGAGGCCCAGGCCAGGCUGGAAGACCUCUUCGCGGAGUUAUCUGGCGAGGGCCCAUGGUCAGGCGCUCAGCAGCGAGGUAGCCACGUGCAGGAGUGCCGGCGAGGCCGGGGAGAGCCAGAGGCUGGAGCUGGAGGGCAGGGUCCACGGGUUGCACCAGCGCGUGAACGAGCUGCAGGUGUCGCUUCGUCGAAGCGAGCGGCGCAGAGCGGACGCGGAGGCCCGGCAGAGGGAGGCCGAGCUGGCCAUCGGGGCGGUGCAGCAGGGGCUCCACAGUCUGCAAGCAGACAAUCAGCGGCUCAUCAGCGGCCAUGCCGACUUGCACGCCCAGUUGGCCUCCAAGGAGGAGGCUCGUCAGGCUGCACACGGGGAGCUUCUCCAGUCGCAGCAGGCGCUCGAGGGUCUCGAAGCGGAGAACCAGAGGCUUCAGCACUCGCAUCAGGCGCUGCGAGCGACUGCGGGAACGCACGAGGGUGCGUGCCACAGGCAGCAGGAGGAGCUCCUUCAGGCGAGGCGAGCGAUCCGCAGCCUCGAGGAAGAGCAGCGGACGCUCGAGGACAGCCGUCAGGUGCUCCAGGCGACCCUGGCCGAGAAGGAGGCGGCGCACUGCGCCGCGCAGGAGGAGCUGGCGCGGGCGCGGCACGCCCUGGAAGACGUCGAGGCCGACAGGCGCGAGCUCCAGGGAGGCCGCAGGGAGCUGGAGGCGACCCUGUCGUCCCGCGAGCGCGCGCACCAGACUGCGCAGGAGGAGCUGCUGCACGCGCGGCAGGCGCUCAGGGAUCUCGAGUCGGAGACGCAGCUGGUCCAGAGCGACCACGGGAAGCUGAAGGCGGUCCUGGCCGCAGAGGAGGCCGCGCGGCGGAAGGCGCAGGAAGAGCUCCAGCAGGCGCAGCUAGCGCUUCGAAGCCUCGAAUCUGA